AUCACAUUGUUCUGCCCAUUGUCUGAUUUUGAUACUGAGUGAUACCAUGGAGGUAGAUUGCUAGCGUUCGUUGUCAUUUGCAGCAGCUUGGUUUCUGUUGAGUCUACUUUCAGUUCACAGCAACUGCAAGUAUCAAGAUACAUUUAGGACUUCUUUUCGCAUGUUCUUUCUUAGUUACGGUAGGCCCAGCUAUCGUGAGUACUGUCGCGAUGCCAGUCAUCUGCUACGGGUAUACUAGUCACUGACCACUGUCAUCACAAGCAUGACUAGUGCGGUAGUGUCACAGGUAGGCCUAGGUCAGCUUUAAUUGUUUUUACAUGUUUGAUUCUGCUGGAGAAGGAUGGGCUUCAGUGAAUCCUUUGCAGUUCUGUGUGUGACACUUGCCACACUGGGCGUCAUGUCUGGCAUUGUGGCUCUGGUGGUACUCUUCAUCCAGAAAUGGAAGCUGGAGAAAAAAUUGGCGGCAUUUCCGACAGCCCCCGACAAGCACUGGCUCCUGGGUCACAUUCAUAAGCUUACUUUUGACGAGAGAGAAUUCACGUGGGGACUUCAGUUUGUGAGUAAAUCAGUUGAUGCUUCAAUCCUGUGGGUAGGCCCCUUUUUGCCAGUCGUCUCUGUGUACCACCCAGGCACAGUCAAAGCUGUACUCAGCUCAGCAGAGCCCAAGGCAGAGUACACCUAUUCACUUUUACGUCCUUGGAUUGGAGAUGGGCUGCUCUUGUCAGGUGGGAAGAAGUGGGCAAGGAACAGACGCUUACUGACACCCGGCUUCCACUUUGAUAUCUUGAAACCAUACGUUGACAUCUUCCAGAAAUCUGGAGAUAUCCUUGUCGAGAAGUGGAAGGCAGCCUGUGGUGGUAAAGAGACUUCAAUGGAGAUGUUCAGUAACAUUAGCCUGUUGACAUUGGACAGCCUCCUCAAGUGCAUAUUCAGUGUGGAGACCAACUGCCAAACGAUUGAAAAUCAUCCCUACAUCAAGGGCAUCUAUGACAUAGCCACCUUGAUUGUAGAACGUUUUCGCUUCCUUCCGUACCACAUUGACGCAAUCUACCAGUGGAGUCCCAGUGGGCGACGCUUCCGCCAUGCUUGCGAUACUCUCCACACCUACGCACGGGAUAUCAUCAAGAAGCGCAAGGGAGCACUGAAAGAAGAGGCAGUCAACGGGCAAAGAAGACAGAGGAAAUACAUCGACUUCUUGGACAUUCUGCUCUGCGCAAGGGAUUCUGACGGUCAAGGACUAACUGACCAAGAAAUCUACGACGAAGUGGACACGUUCAUGUUUGAAGGGCACGACACGACAGCAUCAGGCCUGUCUUGGUUCAUGUAUGACAUGGCCCGGCUGCCAGAAUUCCAACAGAAGUGCCAAGAGGAAGUUGACAGUCUCUUAGCUGACAGGGAAAACGACCGACUGGAAUGGGAUGAUCUCACCAGUAUGCCCUAUCUGACCAAGUGUCUGAAGGAGAGCCUUCGUUUACACUCCCCUGUUCCCAAUGUCAUGAGGUUGUUGACUCAGUCUUUGACUUUUCCUGAUGGUAGGAAGUUGCCAAAAGGGACCUUUGUUGCAGUGGCAAUCAAUGCUCUACACCACAACCAGUACGUGUGGGAUGACCCCGAAACCUUUGAUCCCGAGAGGUUUUCACCAGAGAAAGCCAAAGAUAUUCCACCCUAUGCGUACGUGCCGUUCUCGGCUGGGCCCAGGAACUGCAUCGGUCAGCACUUUGCCUUGAAUGAGAUGAAGAUCAUAUCCGCCACAAUCCUGCGCAACUUCCACGUGUCCGUCGAUAAAUCUGUCCCAGUGUUGCGAAUCAAUUCACUGGUCCUGCGAGGCGAGAAUGGCAUUCAUCUGCAUGUCACACCCCGCCAACUUCAACAUUAAAACUUCUCCUCUCUUAGCCUUCACUUGCACGAUGACCUGGGAAGUAAAGCAAUUUGACAUCAGCCUCAGUAGACCUUAUUCACUGGGAAGCCAUAUUUUUUAUCUUGUUCCUUGAAUUUAUCAUAUUCAGUGUGAUCUGUUGAAUGGAAUGGUGCCAGACUAUUUGGGGUUCGAAACCUCAUUUUUAAAUUGUGAUUUGAAACAUUAACAUGUAAUUUAUUACACAUUUUAAAUUAUUCUAGCCAAAACUGGCAUGAAUUUGUUUUCAACUUUUAAUUUAAUCAGUAUUUUUUUUAACCCUCAUGCCCUCAAAAGGAAAAGUUUCACCUCGCUUUCAAUUCAAGAUGGCCGAAACAUUUAUAAAGUCUAUCAGCAGUUUUGCAACCGUUCUUUCAGUUUUGUUUUCUUUCAGUUUCAAAGUUGCCAUAAUCAUACAUAGUUCAGUAAACAGUCCCAUUGUAAAAGCUGCGAGGGCUUCCGUAGCAUAGCUACAUGAUUGGAGUGGUGCAGUGUGGUAGAAGAAGAGUUUAGAGAACCGAAAAGCGAACUUGAAAUGCUUCAAGAAGCUAAAUUGGCACAGGAAGUGGAGUAUAAAUUUGAAAUCAAGACAAUGAGGAAAAGAUCAUUAAUGUGAAACUGGGAUGGUAAUACUGGUGAAUAGUGUCACAGAAAAGAAAUACAACUAAAUUGAUGUAUCUAAAUUAAACUUUGUAGACUAAUUUUUCAAUUCAGCCCAAACGGCCGAAAAUUUCUAGUUUGCAAGGGAAAACUUCAACCUAGGCUAUACACCUUGAAGGUCUAAGAUUUCGUAUUUCUCAAAGGCUCAAGGUAACUGCUCUUUACAGAUUGAACAUACAUGUAUUUAGUUUUGUUCAUGGAGAUAAAGAAACUGAUUUUUAUAAUAGAUCAAUUCUCAAAGAAGUCGGGGAUAAAUUUCAAAUAUAUCCAAAUUUGUGUAUGACCACGUUAUCUUUAGCCAAUUACACACGUAUUGUUUAAAUGUUACAGCUUAACAUCUGGAACUUCAUGUUUUCCAGUCUUCACAUUUGAAAACAUAAGCAAUGCAAAUUGUAAAUAAUCUUUCAAGAUAGUUUAUACAUUUUGAAGAAAGUGUUUUCUUUUCAGACUUUUUAAAAAUAUAGGACAGAUAAAAAUGAAGUGGGAAGUGUGUGUUGAUUUUUACCUCAGCAACGUUUGAAACAUUUUGGUAAUAAAUGAGAAUAUAAGCAUGUAAUGUGCAUAUACACGGUA